AUGAGCCCUGCAGAAACAAAAGAUAAGGAGGCGAUUCUCUGCAACCGCCUCCAUUGCGAUGUGACCAUCACAGAGGAUGGAGAUGUUCCCCAGACCAAGAGUGACAUGGCUCUGAGAGUACUCUUGGAGGAUGAGAUCCACAGGGGGAAACUCCUGCCACAAGAAUGGCGGGCCAGUUGCAGUUGCCCCCUGGCCGACCCAGCAGCUCAGUGCCAGACUGAGCUGGAGCCACAGGACCUCAGCCCCAUGAUCUGCCACCACAGAAUGCGUGGAGAUGGGAAGUGGGACACAUGGGCAUCUGAAAAAAAAAUCUGCUUCAUCCAUGACCUGCCUGAUGAGGUGGACUUCCAGAGUCCAGCAGCUGUCAACUGGGGGAGCUGGUGCACCCCUGGUCUGCUUGUGGCCCUGACUUGGUUCAGGCCUUCGGUCUUCAGACUCCAGGCGCCCACCGGAGUAGCAGCCUACAGCUUCUCCCAGCAGUUUACGGUGACCACCAUAGUUGAGGAUGUCUUGGGGAGCAGAGAUUAUGACCUUGCCAUCCACAGUCUGCCAGCUGUGAGCAGAGACAAUUCCGAGCACCUGCACUGGAAUCUGGGAGUUUCAGAGACCUGGGAUGCCUCAAGGAUCCUUUCUCUGCAACAUGAAAAUUGGGGGCCGGAUAUAGUGGACCAUCCUGUCUGCCCCAGGGAGUGGGGAGGAGGCCCCUUGACCCUGUCAUUCACCUCACUACAACCUUGUUCAAACUUGAGUGGGGAAUGGAGUGCCACAGAGCUGGUCAGUGGCUGGACAGAGAUCUUUGAGAAGAUAGGCAUCCCAGAGGUCCUGGAAUCCAGUGAGGACAUCAUGGCUCACGUCCUUGGAACGAAAACAGUUAAGGAACUGGUAGAAUGGGUGCUGGAGGAGGUAGUCCAGCAUCCCCAUGUGGCUGGAACCCACAGUGAUCCUCUCAUUCUGGAGGUGGGCUGUGAUUCAGGAGCAGUUUUGCUCAGCCUGUUGAACCAGCUUCAUGAGAGCCAAGUCAUUGCUGUGGAUAAGGAUGAAGCCUCCAUCAGACUGACCCAGAACAAUGCUCAAAGGCUUAGGCUGCCAGACAGAAUUUGGAUCAUCCCCCUUGAUGUGACCUUAGAGGGGAGCUGGAUACUCCUUUUGCCCUGGGCACCCCUGGAUCCAGUUAUCAGCAACCCUCCCAACGUCUUCCACCAGGACAUGGAGCAGCUGGCCCCAGAAAUCCUCAG